UCAAUAAAACCUGAGCCAAUCAGAGAGCAGCAGUAAACAUGUCUCCACCAAUUACAGAGCUGCAGUGGAAAGAGGGUUGAGCCUCUGUUCAGAGACACAGCCCAGAGCACCAGCAUCUGUGAGAGAGAGAGGAUUUUACAGAGGAGAGAUUGUGCUGGAGAGACAGGGAUGCUGUUGCUAGGGAACAGUGAAGGGGCAUCCAUCUUUAGUAGCUUGUUCCAGAUAGAGCAAAAACACAAGGUUACGGAAGGUUUUCCUCUCAAACGGGAGGAAAAUGGAGGCGUUUCCAGGGAAAGAUACAGAAUAAGAGAAGCAGAACGUGACCCCAGGAGAGAUUACGCAUCAGAAGGCCCACGGCUGUACUCUGACAACACGGCUGGGAUUGUGUGGCGGUCUCUGCAUCCUCUGAAUCUACAGACAGACAGACAGAGAGUGCUUUCUCUUCUGAUAUGAACAAAUGGAUUGAUUCGUGAACUCAAAAGGCCUGAAAGCUGGAGACGUGACACAGGAAUCAACACUAGAGCAAAGAAAACAUCCGUUUGGUAGAGGGACAGAGGAUGGGAACAACUGAAGCCACUUUACGCAUGGAGAACAUGGAGACGAAAGAUGAGUGGCAGGACGAUGAUUUCCCACGACCUUUACCUGAAGAUGGUGAUCUGGAGGGACUCAUGGAUGACUCUGCUCAUCAUGGUGCUCUGACGGCCAAUCAUUUGGACCCUGUUCACCGUAAGCGUCGCACGCUGGUUGCACCCGACAUAAACCUGUCACUGGACAAGAGCGAAGGCUCUCUUCUCUCUGAAGACUUUCUGGAAACUCCAGAUGACCUCGACAUCAAUGUUGAUGACAUCGAGACACCGGACGAUGACUCUCUCGGCUCCAUCAACAAUGGCAACGAACUGGAAUGGGAAGAUGACACUCUAGUGGCCAGUGCGAAAGGUACAGGGUCAGAUGAAGAUGAAGGUGACGGCGCGGGGCGUCUCUGGAGGACGGUGAUCAUUGGAGAUCAGGAGCAGAGAAUAGACAUGCAGGCGAUCAAACCAUACCUGCGUGUCGUCACACAUGGAGGAUAUUACGGUGAAGGACUGAACGCUAUUAUCGUAUUUGCUGCCUGUUAUUUACCUGACAGCGGCUGCACAGACUACAAUUACAUCAUGGAGAAUCUUUUUCUGUAUGUGAUCAGUAGUUUAGAGCUGCUGGUAGCUGAAGAUUACAUGAUCAUCUAUCUGAACGGAGCCACGCCACGCAGAAGAAUGCCUGGAAUCAGCUGGCUCAAGAGAUGCUAUCAGAUGAUCGAGAGACGGUUAAGAAAGAACCUCAAAGGUCUGAUCAUCGCUCACCCGUCCUGGUUCAUUCGUACUGUUCUUGCCAUCUCGAGACCUUUCAUCAGUGUUAAGUUUAUGGAGAAGAUCCGUUAUGUCCAGAGUCUGGAGGAACUGGCUCAGAUGGUUCCUAUGGAGCAUGUGCAGAUUCCAGACUGUGUGCUGCAAUAUGAUGAGGAGAGGGUUAAAGCUCAGAGUGACAGACUUGAACAGCUGGCCAAGACAUCAGAGAGGCCGGUGUCAGUCGCUGCAGAGGCGUGUCCCUGACAUCUCAUGCGGGAUUAACCUGAAGUCCUGAAGUUCAUCAUUUCAAAGAGACACGUGUGCAUGUCAUUUUCCAAAGAUACGUCUGUAAGCAAACACAUGGACACGAGACAAAACAAAGAUGCUUUUCUGUUCACAGUGACAUUUUCCAUAAACACUCGCUCACCUUUUGACCGGAAUCAUUUUAAAUCUGGAUCACAGCUGAGUAAGUGUGAACAUGAGAGAAAAACAAACAGGACUCUCUUUUCAAAUGGUUGUUUGUUUCUCAAGAGGAACAUCUUUCAAAAUUAGUUUGACUUGUAAUGUGAUUCUUCAUUUUCCAACACAUCGAUUUAUAGCAGCUGAUUUUUGACAGCACUUUAACUUGCCAACCACUUUCACAACACCAACAUAUUCAAUCUUUUAAAUAAUGCUGCAAUUUGCUGGUAUUUAUGUCAACAGGAAACCAAAAUUGACCCUGUUUAUAUUCUUGAAGUCCCUGUGAAAUAAAAAAUUAUAAUGGCAAUGUUUUCAUGAAAUAUUGCAGCGUUUCUUGUAAAUAGCGUAUCAAUGUGGGUCAUUCUCUUUUUAAAAUCCGUGUGCCCUCAUAAUCUUCAGUUAAAAUCUGAAAAUGCACUUUCCCCCUGUAAUGACUAUCCAUCAUAAAUGACGUAUAUUAGACGGCUUGGGGGAGCAUCUGUUAACACCUCCCCUUCAACUGUCAGUCUGCUGCCAGUUCCAUUUCAUAAUGCAAUGGCUGUUUUUAUACAUCCAAUCAAAGCGCAGAGAAAAACAAAAGCCACACCCACUGUUUUUUUUUCAUUCGAAAUUCCUUUUCACUUGGAAAUGUGUCAAAAUACGGAAGUAAAAACGAUCGCAACUUCCGGUUCACGGGGACUUUAAUACUGUACGCAUAGCUAAAUAGCAUAUUAAUUUUAAUUCGUUUGGCAUGUAAUGACGUUGACAUCAUAGUAGCAAACAAUGAUUUUCCUAUGUCCUUCAAUAUUUUUUUUAUUGAAUAUCCUAUUUGAUUUACGUCAUAAUAUCGAAUUGGAACAGCUUGUGAAUGCAGUUUCAUGUGGACCUCACAAAUUAUGUCCUCUCAUAAGAUUAAGAUUACAACAACUGAUGCUGAUGGUGGGAGGACUGAGAACUGGAGAUGAAAAUGCUGGUUUAUCAGAACUGUGUGCCACAUGCUCACAGUACAGUGUUUUUUGAAUUCUCACUUCAAGUAAACCGACAUUCAUCUGUGUCACAGUAGUUUUCUGUAAACAAAGCUCACUUCUCUUUUUGCCUUUAACUUCCUCUCCAAUGGUCUGAGCUGUGCUUUUGCUUCUUUAAUAUCAUGUGUCCAUUUUUGUAUAUCAUACAACACAGAUGUCUGUCCGUUCGCUGGAGUCAGAAUUUUUGUCACGUCUCAGUUAAAACAAACACAAGCUGAUUUGAAGGAACUCAAAUCCUUCAGCUGUAAUGUGAAUGAUGUGUACAGUGAUCUCUGAAUUCUUGGACACAUGUGGGCAACACAUAACUGGCACACAUGUUUGGUGUUUUUUUAAUGACGUUUGUUAAUGUAACGUAGCUCAAGGGCUGUGUUUGGAAUAGAAAACUACAGUCAUUUACUAAUACUGUUAGAUGUUUUAAAACAGAAAACUGUACUGUAUUGUUUUCAUAGGACACCAAUGCGUGUGUAAUUCAGACAGUGGCCUUCAGUUACACCUUCGGAAAUCAUCCAUUUUACAUUUUUUGUCCAGUUUUUGAAAGAUGUCUAAACACGCAAUGUGUUUACUGCAAAAAAAUCACUCCUUUAUUCUAUUGAAUACAUUUGGAAAAUUGUUGAAAUUUAAAUCUUGUAAAUUUCAUAAACGGCCACUUGAUUGUCGACACAAUUGAUGCAUAUAUGAAACGUGAGCUGGGCUAAUUAAAAAUGUAGAAAAUUUUGAGUUGGGCUGUGGAUUUUUUUACAGUGUUGAGAUGAUGUUAAAGGUGGAGUGGUUUAUUUGGAAAGGUGCUAAUUUUAGCCUGCUAGCACUGAAAUUAUAAUCCCACCCUCUAUGCGAUUCGCCGUCCAAAGCCACGCCUCCUCCAAACACAUGAGUGUAUUUCGUAAAUCCACUUAACGAAUUACAAACUAAAUCCAUUGAAUUAUUCUCGAAGCAUGUACUACCUGUCCAAAAGAAAGAGAGUGGUAUCAUGGUAUUGUCCUUCAGACCCUUUGCCUGCCGGAGCUGUCGCCAUCGUGUAAAAACUGAACCGAUGUUAAUUCGAGUUUUUUCCUCUUUUCGAGUUUUUUUUUUCAAAAACUGACUUUUGUUUUGUAGAUUUACUUGUUUUCGGUUCCGAAGGAAUGUUUGGUUAUUGCUGAUUGUCCGCCAUUCUCGCUACAUUGACACAGCGGGCGUAAACGCUGAUGACAUAUCAUGAUGUCUGCGAGAACAGUGUGCGCAGUUUUAUGCAAAAUACGUUGGCUGAAAAUGUACACAUGACCAGUCAAAGCGUUCAGCCAGAACGUUUUGAUUGGACAAACGUUUUCUGGUCCAAUGCCUUUCACAGACGAUUUAUAAUUAUAAAAAUAUUAUUUGACCACUAUACUUCUUACUAUACUUGAUUGCUAUCAGGAUGUAAAGAGAUUUCCAACCAGCAUGACCAAACAUGUUUCUGGACACGAUCACCUAUUCUGCCUUUAAAAGUGAAAGUUAAAAGUUUAUCAUAUUUUUGGUUCAUUCAUCACACGGACUAGGCCUAUUAUAAGAAAUGGUAUUUCAGGAACAGUCAUUUGGGUUUUUCGUUCCAACAAAAUACAUUGUGCAGUUGUUUUCUAUUCCAAAUAAUGCCCAAAUAUUUGGCAUGUUGGAUAAUCCAGUUGUGCCAUCUGAAAUUACUUUUAUUAAUGUAUAUGUGAUUUAGCUCCGUGCCGCGGACGGUCGUAACGUGUGUGUGUGUGUGUGCUUCCAACACACGUCUGACAUCACAGGAGGCGGGGCUUGUUAUCCCUCCCCUCAUAAUGCCUUAUGAGCACUCGCUAACACUUUACACACAAACACUGAGAUUGUGAAGAGUAAACCAUUGAUAAAUCAUGGUUUUAAAAUCUAAUGUGAAUUCUUUGCUAUUGGUGCUCACAAUGAAUUUUAAGGGGAUCAUUUCAAGCCACAUUAUUGUAUAGGCCUAAUGUAUAUGAUCAAACUGUUUUACAGUGUACUGUGUGUAAAUCAUUUGUAAAAUAUAAUGUGCAAUAACUAAACGAGUCACUAAUACUGAUGAGGUGAUAAUAAAAGCUAAAUGUCA